AUGCUAACUCUAUUUAAUUGUACAGGCACAAUACUUCUGGGUGCUGCAUCUACACCAGAAGAUGAUCGACUUAUCUGUCAAGGCAAUAAUUCUCUUUUUGUUCUUGUUGGCAAUUCGGGUAUCAUAUGGCAUCCUCUAAGCAGUCAAUGUGUGCAUGUCAAAGAAAUUGGUACAUAUACAGGCGGUACUGGUCCGUAUGAUCCAAGUAAGAUAUUUUGGCUGCGCUCUUUUUUUUUCUUUGAAAUUUUGUAAAACGAUCUGUGCAUUUAAAUGUAGAGAUGUCUCCGAAUAGAAGUAAAAAUCGGAUAUUAGUACUGAAGUCUUCCUUUGGUGUGACAGUCGACUGCAAGAAAAUCUUUUCUCGCGUAGAAAGUUCAACAGUGAUUAUAGAACUCGACACGAUUAAUGUCGCUUAAUCAAGUAUGAGAAACACAAAUCGAAGUUAAUUGAAUACAGUUUCUCCCUAUAUUAGAAUACAGUUGGACACUCUACGUAUAAAAAAUAUUCGCAGUUCAGUUAUAUUCUCAACAUCAAUAAUUAGUUAAUGUUCAUUUGGUAGAUAUUUCUUGACAAAUCGGAAAUCACUUCUUCGUGAACAGAGUGGUACAAAAAUAUAUACACCUUUAUUAAUCCACAUUGUUUUCUUUGUACACUUCUUUCUUUUAGUUGUUUAUGUGGUUCACAAAACAUUGACAACAAGCUGUGAAUGUGGCACUGAUAAUCCCAAUGUGGCUCGCUUUAAAUACGAUAAGAAUAACCCGCAACGAUUAUCCUUCUUGGCAGAAGACAUCAAGACAGGGAAAAAAGAGGAAUGGUGCAUUCGAAAUUGGAGCGGAAGUUCAAUUCAAGUGGUGCCCAAAUGUGGUUUUGAUCCUCGUUCGAAGUAUCAAGCAUCGAAGGCGAUUUUUCACGAAGUUUUUUGAAAAUCACUGC